GCAGAGUGCAGCAGGGUUUGUUAUCUCUGCUAAAUGCUAAUGCAGUGAUAUGCUUGCUAGUAUGCAGUGAUAUGCUUGCUAGUAUUUUGGCACAUACUAUAACUAUGUAAAGUCACAAACGGCAUAGGCAUAUAGUGCAAAUUAAGGUUGAAAAGGUUCAUAUUGAUAGCAGUAUUUUGUUGUCUAUUGUGCGACGAUUGAUUGAAACAAUAUAUUAGUUUGACUACAAGUUGUGUUGUUAGAGGGAAAGAUUUUCUUUUUUUGUAUGUUUUUUAAUGUUUUAUGUGUGUAAGAGUAUUUAAAAAAACAAAAUUUGUCAUUUUGGCUGGUCAGCUUCUUCUUUCAGCCUGUGUUUUAAUUGUUUUGAAAGUGGGGUAUCAGAGUGGACAAAUGCUGUCAUAACCAGUGCGAAUGCUUAAAACCCCUCAAGAUAAAAAGAGUGAGGAUGUUGUUCUCUGUUGGAGGACUGUGCCACUGGGCAGGGGAUGACAAUCAUCUUGACACGCCGCAUGUGACUAUGUGUUCCCUAUCACCUUACAGGAACCUACAUAAUUGAUUGGGUUAGCUUUAGACAGGAAGGAUACAACAUCACGUUUCACUAUCGCUAACGAACUCAGCCGCUGAGGAUCCUCUGAGCUCGGAACAUUAAGCAAACGGAGGACACACAGCCAUGUUUACCAGGCAGUCGGUAUCCUGAGCCUUUUGACAUUUCCACCAUGUUCGCCGCAGCCACCAAGAACUUCGUCAAACAGGUGGGCGACACAGGCAGGCUCAUCCCUGUGCCCAGUCUCAGCGAAGCCGACCGGUAUCAACCUCUCAGCCUGGUGACCAGAAAGAGAAGGAGACACUUCUGGAAGAAAAACAAGUAUGGCUCUUCCCCAUUCUCACUGAAAGACAUACUCGUGGGAGAAAAGGAGAUCACAGCUGGUGUUUCCUCAUACCAGCUGCUGAACUAUGAGGACAAGUCAGACGUGGCCCUGAAUGGCAGGCUGGGGAAUCACCUGAUGAACGAUGUGGGCUUCAACAUCACUGGUUCUGACUCUGUGGCCGUCAAAGCCUCCUUUGGCAUAGUGACCAAACACGAGGUGGAAGUUCCCACUCUACUCAGAGAGCUCAACUCAAGAAAGGUGGAUCUUGAACACUGCCUCAUCCGCCAAUCAAAGGACAGUGGGAGAACUGUGCUGUGUGUCGUCAUGGAGAGCAUUCGCACCACGCGCCAGUGUUCCCUUACAGUUCAUGCUGGCAUGCGAGGGACUACUAUGAGAUUUCAGAUAGAUGAUGGGCGCAACCCCAAAGGCCGUGACAAAGCCAUUGUGAUUCCAGCUCACACAACAAUUGCAUAUAGUGUCUUUGACCUGUAUGUGCGACUUGAUGGAAGACUUGAUGACAGGACAUUCGAGCAGCUCACCCACUCGGACACGUUCCUGGACGAUGUUGCCACCACGGACUAUUACGAGAAGGCAGCUAGCAUGACGGACGUAUCCACGACCUAUCUGCGCGAGAGCAACCACACCCGCGUCAACCUGCUCAACCACAACAUCUCAAAGGGCCCCUGUGCUCUGUGCGGCAUGGGCCAGCAGCGGCGCGAGACCGUCUACGGUUGCCUGGAAUGCUCCAGCGGCGGGCAGAAGUACGUCCGGCUCCACGCUGUGCCGUGCUUCGACCUGUGGCACAAGACGCUGCGUUGAAAAGAGGGGAUGGGUCAACAGAGCUGACACUUCAGAGAAAAAGUGGAGAAAGGGGAAAAAGGAAGUAUGUGUCAAGUUGGAGAACGUGUGUGCUUACUGGAUAUAUCUUACUAAGGAGUGGUGUUCUUGCCAAAUUGAGAGGCUCCUGUCACUGG